GUACUGAUUAUGUCAAUACUGCUGUCUACCAUACGCGGGCUUGAGUGCCACGUCAAUCGGUGCUACACUUCGAGGAUUCAGUAGACUAUAAUUUUAUAAAAGAGAACAAAAUGUCUGUAGGACGUGGUGCUUUAAUAGUUUUCGAAGGUUGUGAUAGAGCAGGAAAGUCUACUCAAUUGAAAAUGUUAGCCGAAGCUUUAAAUAAACGAAACAUUCCUGUGGAACCACGUGCUUUUCCUAAUAGAACAACUGCCAUUGGAUUAAUGUUAAAUAACUUUUUGUCCACGAAGCAAGAACUCCUUCCUGAAGUAGCACAUUUACUAUUUUCUGCAAACCGAUGGGAAUGCAAAGAUGAAAUGUUGGACACUUUAUAUAGUGGUACUACCCUCAUUGUUGACAGAUAUGCUGGCUCAGGUGCUGCUUAUACAGCAGCUACUAGUGGUAGAAGUUUAAGUUGGUGCAAGGAAUCUGAUAAAGGACUACCUUGUCCAGAUCUAGUUAUUUUAUUCGAAGUUUCGGAAGAAUCUCAACGUUUGCGUAGUAACUGGGGAAAGGAGCGUUUUGAAAAUAGUAAACUUCAACAUCAAGUUGCUUGUAAUUAUAGGAAAUUGAUAGACCAAACAUGGACUGUUAUUGAUAGCAAUGAAGAUAAAUCAUUAAUACACUCUCAAGUAUUAGAGAAAGUAUUAGCUGUUAUAAAAUGUGUUAGACAUAAACCUAUACAAAAAUUAUACGAAUCUUCUAAUUGA